AUGGUGUUGGCCGACCAUAAACCUGAGGAACCUCCUGUGGCUGGUUCUGAUUGCCACGUGGAAGUAGGCGUCCUUGAGGUCGAGGGUCGCGGCAGUUCGUGCGAUGACUUUGCCCUUGGAAGCAAUGGCAGCAAACUCCUGGCGGUCCUCCGCUGGAAGCUGAUCCCUGAAUUUUUCAGCUGCCUGCCAGGAACAUGCAGUGGCUCUUCAUUCCCACUCUAUUCACCAUCAUAUAUAUGCAACAGGGCACAAAACAAUGGCCAUCGAGAAGCAAAGCCUGAGGAAAAAUCUGCAGAAGUCAGCGAAGUCCAUCAGCGUAAAGAAUUUUGUCACUGGCCAUGCAAAUGCCCACAUGUGCCAACCUGCACUCCUGGGGUGAGCCUGGUAAAGGAUGGUUGUGGAUGUUGUAAAAUAUGUGCCAAACAGGCAGAAGAGAUCUGUAAUGAAGCAGAUACUUGUGACCCUCACAAAGGACUUUACUGUGAUUACUCUGCAGACAGGCCUAGGUAUGAAACAGGAGUAUGUGCAUAUAUGAUAGCAGUAGGAUGUGAGCUCAAUGGAGUGUAUUAUGCCAAUGGCCAGGCCUUCCAGCCUAGCCCACUUUAUACAUGUCUCUGUAUUAGUGGUGCAAUUGGAUGCACACCUGUAUUCACCUCAAAGUCAGCAAUACACCAAUGCAUCCUGGUCAAGGGCAGAAAAAUGCCAGGACAGUCCAAUUGUGAUCCUGGACAACAGAAAGAGCUACAAUCAACAGCCAACAGCAUAAUGCCAGCUUACAGAAGUCUGCCACUUGUCUUGAAGGAGAAGUGCUUAGUACAGGCAACUUCUUGGACACCUUGUUCCAGAACCUGUGGCAUAGGAAUAUCCAACAGAGUGACCAAUGAGAACAGUAAAUGUGAAAUGAGAAAAGAAGAGAGACUGUGUUUGAUUCAACCUUGUCAGUCCAAUAUACUGAAGACUAUAAAGAUUCCAAAGGGAAAAACAUGUCAGCCAACAUUCCAGCCUUCCAAAGCAGAGAAGCUAGUUUUUUCUGGAUGCUCAAGCACACAAAGCUACAAACCUACUUUCUGUGGUGUGUGUCUGGACAACAGAUGUUGCAUACCUAACAAAUCCAAAAUGAUCACUAUACAGUUUGACUGCCCCAAAGAAGGCUCCUUUAACUGGAAGAUGAUGUGGAUCACAUCUUGUGUUUGUCAGAGGAUUUGUAGUAAUCCAGGAGAUAUAUUUUCUGCACUCAAGUUAUUAUAAGUUAUACCAUGGAUAGCAGUGUAUCUCCAGGAUAGUAGCACAUUCAUAGUUUUGAAGAGUUAGCAAAAGAGAAAACCCUUCCACCAAAACCAAACCGGUUGGCAUUCUUCUGUUAAAUACUCUGAGAACAUGGUUUAAAAACAACAUCUCUGUGCAUAAAAACUGGCACAUAAAAAUGUAAGAGUUAAACUGUUUGAAACCCUGAGUAUACAUGUGAGGUACACAUCAGUUAACACAGGUACAGUCAUGGUGUGAAAACUUGUAAUUUAAAAAAUACACAGGAAUGCAAGGAUGAGUUUGCUCCAUAUUUAUACAAAAACUUGUAGAAAUAGGUAUUUUUCCUCAUCCUCAAUAGAAAUUUAAAUUAAAGAAACACUGAAGCAAUUAAGUAGAGAAAGGAAUCUUAACUUUUCUGCUAUAACAUUUGAUCAUUCUUGAUUUACCAGAUAGCUAUUCUUACAGCUACUGAUACACUGUUAUGAAAAAAUCAAUCUUUUGUGAGCUAGAAACAAAAUGUAGCAUAUUCUAGCAUACACUACAAAUUAAUUUUAAGCUCAGAUUGAUUUGUGUAACAAUUCUUGUAUUUUACAUUUCAAGAUGCUGUGAAUAUAAAAAAUAUAUUUGCACAGGUACAAAUAAAAAUAUUUGUCAAGACGUAGGUUAGUUCACUUUAUCACCAAUGAUAAAUUUCUAAGCUUCAGUUUUAAAUGUAUACAAUUUGCCUUUUCAUAGCUGUCAUGAGUGGGGAACAAUCUUAUAAAAGGAACAAACACUACAUAUACAAUGAGAAGUAACCUCAUGAUCUUAUGCUGCAACCACCUGUGUUUCCAUUCUCUCCUCAUUAUUUUGCAUACUAUUUAUCCUAGACUGCUUUAGCCUUGGGGAUAGAAAACCCAUGGGUGAAGUCCUGGACUCACUGAAGACUAUGGCAAAACUCCUGGUGACUGUAAUAGGGAUAGCUUAAAAUUCUAUGUCUUUU